AUGAUGAUGGAAUCAAAUACUGAAAUGGUUGUGUCCAAUGGAGAUGCUGGUGGAGGAUUCAACAAUGAUUUGGUAAUGCCAACACAUCGAUCAGCUGAUAGUGUUCAUUCAUCACCAGAAUCACCACGUGAGGUUCCAGAUAAUACCAACAACCACCACAAUCCAUCUGGUUCAUCAUUAUCAUCGUCAUCUUCAUCUGUUCCUCAAAACAACAGCGGUAGUCUUAAAAAUUCAAAUGGAUCGAUUCCAACCCCUACCUCCAACUCGACUGGCCUCCAAACUUGCUCACAUCCCAAUCAUGAAGCUUGGUGGGGCACUAAACCAGAUAACCUCCCAAUAUCAGAGUUUUACAACCGAUCCUAUAAAUGUAAAAAAUGUUAUAUUCGUCAACAAACUGAAAGUAAAAAGUUGAGACAACUAUCUUCUUCUUCUUCCUCGACCCAACAAAUAUCAAAUGAAAUUUGUCAACCUUCUUCUUCAUUGGCUAUUACUACUGCUGCUGCUGCUGCUGCUGCUGUCGUAUCUCUACCAACAACAACAACGACCAAUAAUGUUGGAGGAGAAGUAGCACAAGUUCAAACUCCAACACCAACCAAAAAACAAUAUGUAUCCAAAAAGGCAUUGGCUCUUUCCAACAACACCCAUACAACAAAGGAUAGUAAUAGUAAUAAUACAAUGAUCGAUAUUAUCUCUAGCAAUGAAAGUGCACUUCACUUCCAAAACAUUAGAGAACAAUAUCAAUCUAUAAUUUCAAAAUUUGAUAAAGAACCUGGAUUCUUUAAUGGACAUUUGUCUGGUAAUUUUGAAACAACACCUUGUUAUAGUGCAACAGUUUAUUUCAGAGGAAAUGUAAAUGGACCUGGAUUAAUUGUAGAGACUAGUAUCAAUGGAAAGACAUUUAAAGGAAUAGUUUUUGAAGAUGUUGAUCAAAGAAAAAAAUCAUCUUCUUCUCAACAACAACAACAACAAUCACAACAAAUUCAAAAUCAAUCAAUUAAUGAAAGUUCAAAUGGUACAACAGCAACAACAAUAACGUCACCAUCAAUGAUUCAAAAUAUAGUUGCAACUGAAUUGAUUAAUCUCAAUCCAAAUUCUGCCAAUACGUCACCCAAUCAAAAUGUUGGCAAUAAUAAGGAUAAUAGUGAUAAUAAUAAUAACAACGACAAAUCAUCUCAACAUCAACAUCAACAACAACAACAACAACAAAAUCCUAUCCAAUUACUAAGUGAUAAAUUAUUUGGUAGUGGUGGAAAAAGAUAUAAUGAUGGAGAUGUUAAAACUACUAAUCAUAAUACUAAUAUUAAUAAUCAUAAUAAUAAUCAAAAUACUAAUAAUAAUAAUAAUAAUCACAUACAACCACCAAUCAAAAAAAGAAAAGGAGGGCGAAAUACUAACAAUAACAACAACAACAACGGUUACUUGGAAGAAAAUAUAAAUCAAAAAUCAAUUCAUAUGAAUAGUAGUAGCGGUAGUAUCAGUAGUAGUGGCGAAGACGAUGAAUCAGGUGACGUUGAAGUAGAGUAUUAUUUAACCAACCCAAACCUCGUGAUCGAAGGUAUGUCUACCGAUGGUACAGUUCAUAAAAGUUUAAUUGAAAAGAAAGGAAAGAAAUAA